GAAGAAAUUAAGAAAUGUCACAAUUUUUAAAACCAAUACCAACAUCAUCACCACCGAAAUCAAGAAAUACAAUAUCUCCAAAUACAUAAUCAAAAAGUCCACAUUAUAAAGAAUUAUAAUAAGGUUUUUAUUUAAUAAGAGAAUUUUAGGAUCGACAUUGCAAAAGUCAUAAUAGAGUUUAAGAAAUUCUCAUUAUACUAGUAAAUUUGAGAAGAGUAUUGAUAUGGAUAUGAAACAAAGCAAUACAUUUAUUAAUCCAGAAUUUGAGAUUAAAAAGUUAAUGAAUUUAGUAGAAUUGUAAUAACAUGAAAUAAAUAAUUGGAAACGACGUUAUGAAUAAGCAGAAGCUAGAGUAUUAUAUAUAGUUUAAUGAUUUAUAGUGUAUUUCAUCUAGUCAAACAUAAACAAUGUUAGAAUAUGAGAAACAUUUAGAUUAAUUAACUAAAGAAUUAAAAAGUUCGAUAUAAUAAAAUGAUGAACUUAAUAGUAGAUUGAGAGAUAAAGAUAACUAAUUAAUACGAUUGAAUAAAUAACUAGAUAUUUAGAAAUAAUAAUUAAAUGAUUAUUAAUCUGAAUUAAAGUAUCUUUAACAUGAAAAAGUGAACAUGGACAAGGAUGCAUCUAUGCAAUUAUUUCAUAAAGAUUAGAAAUAUAAUUAAAAUCUAUAAGAGAUUUAGUAAGCACAUUUAGAAUAAUUAUAAUUGAUGGAUGAUUAAAUUUAGAAAUUAUAAGAUGAAUUAAUUAGAAGAAAUUAAGCAGUUGAAUUUUAGAAAUAAGAAAUUAUGUAAUUAGAUAAAAUUGUAAAUGAGUUAAAGACAGGAGAAAAGAAUUUAAUUUAAUAGUAAGAAGUUCUUAAAGUAAAGAAUUAGGAUUUAUAAGAUGAAAAGAAAAGAGAAAUUAAUAAAUUAAUUUAGUAAAAUGAAUAAUAAAUUAAAUCUUAAGAAAAAGAAUUUGUAGAUGAAAAGGAGUGUUUAAUUCAUAGAAUUAGUUAACUCCAAUAUGAGAAUAAUAUUUUAAACUAAUAAAUUUAAGAGUAAUAAAGUAAUUAUUUGAAUAAUUUUAGAUUUAAUAUAAGGAUUAUAAGAUGAGAUAUAAUCUUAAGUAGAAUAGAAUUGUAAUUUAUAAGAUUAGAAUCAAUUAAGUACUUAAGAUUUAGAUUAGAAAUAUAGAAAAUCAAUAUCAGAAAUGAAGAUGGAGUAUUAAUAAUAAGUUAAUAAAUUAUUAUAAGAGAUAUAAAAAUUGAAUUAGUAAGUAGAUUAAUAAUAAAAAUAAUUAUAAGAAGAUUAAGAAUAGAAUUAAGAAUUAUAAAUAACUUUAGAGAACAUGAAUUAACAUAAUUAGACUAUAACAUCUUAAUUAAAGUAAGUAUAGAAUAAUUAUGAUUCAUUAUAAUUGGAAUAUGAAAAUGAUAUACAAGAGUAAAAUUAAGAAAUUGAAUAAUUAAAUGAUUAAAUAAAUUAAUUGACUGAAUUAUUGGAAUAGAGAUCAAAUGAGUUUGAUGAAUGUAGAUAAUAGAAGGGUUAAUUGGCUUUAAAAAAUAAUGAAAAUAAUGUAGAUUAUAAAUAUCAAUUUUAGUUAUUAAUAUAAAGAAUGUAGGUGGAGUUGGAAUGUUAAAAAUAAAAAUUAAUUGAAAUAUAGAAAUAGUAAGAGGUAUCUGAAUAAGUAAAGGAAGAAAUAAAGAGAUCUUAGAUUGAAUAAAUGAAGAGAUAAAUGGAAUCAUAAGUUGAAAUUUUGGAAAGUGAGAAUAGAACAUUAAGAUACCAGAUAGAAAUGAAGAGUAGAGAAUGUGAGGAGUGGAAACAAUAGUAUACUAGAAAUUAAUGA